AUGGCUCAUCAUGAAACAGAUCUUACCAGGACAGCCAAAUCGAAGAAAAGAGGCGCGAGCACUGAGUGCGACAGACGCUUGCCGGAAGAUUCCCAUGUCAGUGGCCAGCCGCGUCAGAGCUACUAUGGCCACAAUUUCCAGCAAUCGGAACAGGGUCUCUCAUCGAGCUUUGCUUUCGGGGACAUCAAGAAACAAAAUUUACCAGAUCCCUGGGUCAAAGCACCCAAUCCGUAUCCGGAGCGCACGCAAAGCGACUACCACGCCUAUAAGGCUGCUGGGAGACACCUGGCAGCAGUUAAACGAGAUUAUGUAGACACCAAUCCGCUGAGCCCUCAAAAUGCAUCCGAACUUGCAGUGCCUUGA